AUGGUACAUAGCACCAAGCCCCCUCCUCACCCACAGUACAUAGCACCAAGCCCCCUCCUCACCCAUGGUACAUCGCACCAAGCCCCCUCCUCCUCACCCAUGGUACAUAGCACCAAGCCCCCUCCUCACCCACAGUACAUAGCACCAAGCCCCCUCCUCACCCAUGCCCCUCUACCUUCCCCCUGCCCCCUACCUUCCCCCAGCCCCUCUACCUUCCCCCAGCCCCCUACCUUCACCCGGCCCCUCUACCUUCCCCCAGCCCCCUACCUUCACCCGGCCCCUCUACCUUCCCCCGGCCCCCUACCUUCCCCCUGCCCCCUACAUUCCCCCAGCCCCCUCCCUUCCUCCGGCCCCCCUACCUUCCCCCGGCCCCCUACCUUCCCCGGCCCCCCCCCUACCUUCCACCUGGCCCCCUACCUUCCCCCGGCCCCCUACCUUCCCCCGGCCCCCUCCCCCUUCCCCCCCCUGCCCCUCUACCUUCCCCCAGCCCCCUCCCUUCCCCGGCCCCCUACCUUCCCCCGGCCCCCUACCUUCCCCCUGCCCCCUACAUUCCCCCAGCCCCCUCCCUUCCCCCCUCCCUUCCCCGGCCCCUCUACCUUCCCCCUGCCCCCUACCUUCCCCGGCCCCUCUACCUUCCCCCUGCCCCUCUACAUUCCCCCAGCCCCCUCCCUUCCCCCCCCUCUACCUUCCCCCUGCCCCCUACCUUCUCCCGGCCCCUCUACAUUCCCCCAGCCCCCUCCCUUCCCCCGGCCCCCUACCUUCUCCCGGCCCCUCUACCUUCCCCCUGCCCCUCUACAUGCCCCCAGCCCCCUCCCUUCCCCCGGCCCCCUACCUUCCCCGGCCCCUCUACCUUCCCCCUGCCCCUCUACAUUCCCCCAGCCCCCUCCCUUCCCCCGGCCCCCUACCUUCUCCCGGCCCCUCUACAUUCCCCCAGCCCCCUCCCUUCCCCCGGCCCCCUACCUUCUCCCGGCCCCUCUACCUUCCCCCUGCCCCUCUACAUUCCCCCAGCCCCCUCCCUUCCCCCUGCCCCCUCCCUUCCCCCCCGGCCCCUCUACCUUCCCCCAGCCCCCUCCCUUUCCCGGCCCCCUACCUUCCCCCCCCUGCCCCCCACAUUCCCCCCCUCUAGCCCCCCCUCCCUUCCCCCAGCCCCUCUACCUUCCCCCCCUGCCCCCUACAUUCCCCCAGCCCCUCUACCUUCCACCAGCCCCCUACCUUCCCCCAGCCCCCUACCUUCCACCUGGCCCCCUACCUUCCCCCGGCCCCCUACCUUCCCCCAGUCCCCCUCCCUUCCCCCCCGGCCCCUCCCUCUACCUUCCCCCUGCCCCCUACAUUCCCCCAAGUUUCCCCUACCUUCCCCAGCCCCUCUACCUUCCCCCUGCCCCCUACAUUCCCCCGGCCCCCUACCUUCCCCCAGCCCCUCUACCUUACCCCUGCUCCCCUACCUUCCCCGGUCCCUCUACCUUCCCCCUGCCCCCUAACUUCCCCGGUCCCCCUACCUUCCCCCAGCCCCCUACCUUUCCCAAGCCCCUCUAUCUUCCCCCAGCCCCCUUCCCUUCCCCGGCCCCCUACCAUCCCCCUGCCCCCUACAUUCCCCCAGCCCCUCUACCUUCCCCCAGCCCCUCUACCUUCCCCGGUCCCCCUACCUUCCCCCAGCCCCCUACCUUUCCCAAGCCCCUCUACAUUCCCCCAGCCCCCUCCCUUCCCCCUGCUCUUCUACCUUAG